AGGAGCUGAAGGUGAAGAUAGUCCUGCAGCAGGAGGCCAUGGCGAGCGUCGUGAUGCAGCAGACGAUCGUGGUGGACUUCCGCAUCGAGAACCAGCAGUGCCCCGACUGCAAGAAGACCUUCACUCGCCACACGUGGGAGAGCUGCGUGCAGGUUCGGCAGCGCUCGGAGCAGCGCAGGACGCUGGAGCACCUGGAGCAGCUGAUACUGCAGCACAAGGCGCACGAGCGGGUUAUCGAGGUCAAGCGCAGCAAGGACGGCAUCGACCUGCACUUCUCGCGCGAUAAGCACGCCCAGGAGUUCCUGGCCUUCGUGAAGAGCUGGGCGGUCACGCGCCACCACGACUCGAAGCACCUGGUGAGCCACAACCAGAACAACAACAGCUACCGCUUCAAGCGCACGACGUGCGUCGAGCUGUGCCCCGUGAGCCGCGACGACCUCGUCAUGCUGCCCCCCAAGAACGGCCCGGGCGCUGGGCGGCCUGCCGCCUUUCAUGCUGUGCGUCCGGGCGAGCGCCGCCGUGGUCCUCGUGGACCCAGCCAGCUGCAGGACGGUGGAGGUCUCCGCCGUCGAGUACUGGAAGCGGCCGUUCGCCGCCGUCUGCUCCGUCAACACCUGAUCGAGUUUGUGGUGCUCGACGUGGUGGAGGAGGAGGACGGGCCCCCGGACGGACACGCUGGCCCCGGCCGCGUCGCCGUGCCCUGCGAGGUGGAGGUAGCUCGCUCGUCCGACUUCGGCCGGAACGAUGAGCGGCUCCUGGUCCGCUCGCACCUGGGGGGCAGGCUUCGCCCGGGGGACGUCGCCCUGGGCUUCGACCUGAGGACGCUGAACACCGGCGUCGACGACGAGGA